CAAGCGGCCGAUCCGCGGCAGUCGCUCGUUAUCCACCGACGGUGUUCGUGCGCCAGCGUGAAGUGUGCGCAGUGUGUGUGUGUGUGUGCGUGUGAGCGUGAGCAGUGAGCAGUGAGCAGUGAGCAGUGAGCAGUGUCUGUCCGCUCGCUCACCGCCUCCACCGCCGCCGCCAGAGCCGAAGACGACGACCACGACCACGGCGGUUAUACGGCGACGACAUUGCAUCGUCGACGAACGAAAUAAUAAGGACUUUUUGCAACACACAUCAUCACUACUAGUACUACUACUACCACUACUACUAUUAUUUUUUUCUUAUUGUUACACGCGGAAUAACGCACAUACGACUCGUAAACACACACAAAAUACAUUAUUAUCAAUACAUUUCGUAGAACAAUAUCGAAGUAACGGCUUUACUUUCAAAAAAUUCGUCAGACUACUCGCGCAAGUUCUGCACUCGUCGGAUUUGUACGUAUGUUGAUAUCGUUGAUAAUCGCGCACCGGUAACGAUCGUCCGACACCGGAGCGACAACAACCGUCACCGCCGACGAUUCGUCCGUUUUUUCUCUAUUUUCUGUGUUCAAUACCGCCGCGGGCCGCAACGAUCGUUCGCCAUCGCAGUAACGCUUGCCACGCACGGCCCGCGUCCCGUCGCGCGGCCGGCCACCGCUUCCCGCGUCCCUUACCGUCCACGUGAUCCGGCCACAGCAGCAGCAGCAGCAGUAGCAGCAGCAGCAGCAGCAGCAGCAGCAGCGGAACCAUCGACCGGCCAUGGCCGCGGUUAGGUAACACCGCGCCCGCGGGCCGAAUACCACGACGUGGUGCACGCGGCGACAGGACGUCGGCGACCAGCGCCGCCGCCGCCGGCCACCACCGCGGUGGUCUUUGAUGUUUUCGGAUCGGACGGCCCCGGCCAGGUACAAUGCUUCCGGAAAGGCAAUGCUGCGCGCAGCUGUGCCCGGUGCAGGCGACCACGAUGCCGCCGAAGACCGAGUGUCUGCAGGACCGCAAAUGGUGGUGCUUCCUGCUGUCCAGCGUGUUCACGUUUCUCGCCGGGCUGCUGAUCGUGCUCCUAUGGCGGUUCUUCGCGUUCCUAUUCACGCGAAAACAACCCGCCGAGCUCGCGGCGCCCGGUUGCCCGAACACUGAGCCCAAGAAGGAGACGAAGCGCCAAGGCAAACAGGAAUUCGAGGGAACGUUCAUGACAGAGGCCAAAGACUGGGCGGGCGAACUGAUAUCCGGACAAACCACUACCGGGCGGAUAUUGGUGGUGCUUGUGUUCAUUUUAAGUAUAGCAUCUCUAAUUAUAUAUUUUAUCGAUGCCUCCAACGAGGAGGUUGAACGAUGCCAAAAGUGGAGUCACAAUGUUACUCAACAAGUAGAUUUAGCAUUCAAUAUUUUUUUUAUGGUUUACUAUUUUAUAAGAUUUAUAGCCGCCAGUGAUAAGUUAUGGUUUAUGUUAGAAAUGUACUCGUUUGUAGACUACUUCACGAUUCCACCGUCGUUUCUUUCAAUAUACUUAGGUCGAACUUGGAUCGGUCUAAGGUUCCUCCGAGCUCUGCGCCUAAUGACAGUGCCUGAUAUUUUGCAAUAUUUAAACAUUCUAAAAACGUCGAGUUCAAUUCGACUUGCUCAACUCGUGUCUAUUUUUAUAUCCGUGUGGCUGACCGCCGCCGGUAUCAUUCAUCUCCUCGAAAACUCGGGAGAUCCAUUUGAGUUUCAAAACCAACAACGGUUGUCAUAUUGGACUUGUGUGUACUUUUUGAUUGUUACCAUGUCCACAGUCGGAUACGGAGAUGUGUUUUGUCAGACUAUUUUGGGCAGAACUUUUUUAGUAUUUUUCCUACUCGUCGGCCUUGCGAUUUUUGCGAGUUGUAUACCCGAGAUAAUUGACCUGAUCGGAACUAGACCAAAAUACGGAGGAACCCUGAAGAAUGAACGUGGAAGGAGGCACAUCGUCGUAUGCGGUCACAUAACCUAUGAAUCGGUAUCACAUUUUCUGAAAGAUUUUUUACACGAAGACAGAGAGGACGUAGAUGUGGAAGUAGUAUUCCUGCACAGAAAAGAGCCAGAUUUAGAAUUGGAAGGGCUGCUCAAACGUCACUACACCACUGUCGAGUUUUUUCAGGGUACAAUGAUGAACGCAGUAGAUCUAGAGAGGGUGAAGGUCCACGAGGCUGAUGCCUGUCUGGUGUUGGCCAACAAGUACUGCCAAGACCCGGACGCCGAAGAUGCUGCGAACAUAAUGAGGGUAAUUUCUAUCAAAAACUACUCGGACGACAUAAGGGUCAUUAUACAACUCAUGCAGUAUCACAACAAAGCGUAUUUACUCAACAUUCCGUCGUGGGAUUGGAAGCAAGGAGACGACGUGAUCUGUCUGGCGGAGUUGAAACUCGGGUUCAUAGCGCAGAGCUGUCUAGCGCCAGGCUUCUCCACAAUGAUGGCGAACUUGUUCGCUAUGAGGUCGUUCAAAACGAGUAGAGAUGUGAUAGAGCGUUUGAUACCGUGUAUAGUUCCUGUGAAGAGUGUGGAGUUUGGUGUAUUUCAGUCUCCGGAUACGCAAGCGUGGCAGAACGACUAUCUGCAGGGCACCGGCUGCGAGAUGUAUACGGAGACCCUGUCCCCGUCUUUCACCGGCAUGACGUUCCCGCAGGCCAGCGAGUUGUGCUUCACAAAACUUAAGCUGCUGUUGUUGGCCAUCGAGAUAAAAGGAGAGGAUGGAAGAGACAGCAAGAUAUCGAUAAAUCCCAGGGGUUCUAAGAUACAGGCCAGUACCCAGGGGUUCUUCAUUGCUCAGUCUGCUGACGAAGUCAAAAGGGCUUGGUAUUACUGUAAAGCGUGCCACGAAGAAAUUAGAGAUGAGACGCUGAUCAAGAAAUGCAAGUGUAAAAAUUAUGUCGGUAUGAUUAUGAUGGAGACUGGAAUGUUGGCACAUAAUUAUAAUUUCGAGGUGGCGACAUUCCGGAAAGGUGUUCGCGCUAUACAAAUGGUCGGACGGGCAAACGAUCAUCCUCCCCCCACGGAAACUCCACCAACUCUUCCAAAGAGAGUACAUAAUAUCAGAGGUGACGUCGGAAAAGAAAAGGAAAUAACACUGUUGGGCAACAAAAACGCACAGACAAUGCCCAAUUCAAUCAUGUCAGCGCCGAAGCAAGUGAACAAAGUAAAGCCGAUCAACCGUCCGGCGGACAAAGGGUCGCCCAACCAAAACUACAACCGAGCUCAACAAGAAGAAGGAAGCUACGCCGGCUAUCAACUCGCAUACGAAGUUAAAAAAUUAUUGCCGACGACCCGGGGCGGAUCUGCUGGGACUAACAUGAACAACAACGGUAUUCAAAUAGGCAUUGCCGACGACCAGGCGAAAGACUUUGAUUUUGAAAAGACUGAAAUGAAAUACGACUCCACUGGCAUGUUCCAUUGGAGUUCAGCUAAAAGCCUCGAAGAAUGUAUCCUAGACAGAAAUCAAGCUGCCAUGACUGUACUGAACGGUCACGUAGUGGUGUGCUUGUUCGCCGAUCCGGAUUCACCGUUAAUCGGAUUGAGGAAUUUGGUGAUGCCUUUGCGAGCGUCCAAUUUCCAUUAUCACGAGCUCAAACACGUGGUGAUCGUUGGCGCUGUGGACUACAUCCGCCGCGAGUGGAAGAUGUUGCAAAAUUUACCAAAAAUCUCUGUACUCAACGGAUCACCACUGAGUCGAGCCGACUUACGAGCGGUCAACGUAAAUCUGUGUGACAUGUGCGUUAUACUGUCAGCAAAAGUUCCUAGCAACGAUGACCCGACAUUGGCUGACAAGGAGGCGAUUUUAGCGUCACUGAAUAUCAAAGCGAUGACUUUCGACGACACUAUUGGAGUACUCACGCAAGACGAGACCGCGGUGACCAAACAGUUUGAUCCGGACGGUCUGAACUGCGCCGGUGGGCCGAUAGUGUUGCAAAGACGCGGAUCGGUGUACGGCGCCAACGUUCCGAUGAUCACCGAGCUGGUCAACGACAGCAACGUACAGUUUCUCGACCAGGACGACGACGACGACCCGGACACGGAGUUGUACCUCACACAACCGUUCGCGUGCGGUACGGCCUUCGCCGUCAGCGUCUUGGACUCGCUCAUGUCAACGACGUAUUUCAAUCAAAAUGCGUUGACGCUCAUCCGAUCGCUGAUCACCGGUGGAGCAACACCCGAGCUCGAGCUUAUUUUAGCCGAAGGAGCGGGUCUCCGUGGUGGCUACAGCACCGACGAGAGCCUAGCUAACAGAGACCGGUGCAGGGUCGGUCAGAUUUCGCUGUACGAUGGGCCGCUGGCGCAGUUCGGCGAAGCCGGCAAGUACGGUGACCUAUUUGUUUCCGCCCUGAAGUCGUAUGGGAUGCUGUGCAUUGGUCUAUACAGGUACCGAUUCAGAGACAGGAGCUCAUCUUGCGACGCAUCCUCGAAACGAUACGUGAUCACCAAUCCACCGGAUGAUUUCUCGCUCAUGCCCACGGAUCAGGUGUUCGUGUUGAUGCAAUUUGAUCCCGGACUCGAGUACAAGCCCACUAGCCGGAACGGAGGACGUGCCAAAGACGACAACUCCUGACUAUUGCUUUGUAGCGCUCUCACUGACGGUCCGUAUUCGUACAUCUAAAUCGCACGGGGCCGAGCUUUUUCGCGCGCGGUAAUCACACGUAACCAACUAGCGAUCCUUGUCUCCUUGUCCAUCACCACACGAUGAUCACGUGUUCACCAGUAUUUUGUUGUGUCUCCAGCUCCCAUUGUCGUUUGAGUUUCCCCUUAUUUUCGUUAUUAUUUUCUAACAACGUCAAUAACUACUGAAAACGAAUGAAAAACUUUUUCGUAACAUCAGUAGAUCUCCCGUUAACAUACGUAUACUCGAUUUGAGUAUUUAUCAGAUCGACUGAUGAAGUCCACCGAAAUGGCAAUACAUACAAACGUGCACACUGUCACAGGUGAACACGGGAUCGUUUAAUUUUCUCACAAGCUAAAGGUUAAGCCUUACGUGAAAAUUCAACGAUCCCGUAUGCACGUGUGCUAACGUACACAUGUAUGUGUGUAUUUUUAAGUGUGUAUUGGUGUUUUUCAUGACUAUAUCGCGAAAAAUAUCGUGCAUGUAAAAACUCCAAGCUACCCGUUGGUACGUUGUCCAUUGGCUGGAGACGCAAACAUUGCGCAUUCCUCCGCGGGAAGUAUCGGUUUUGAUUUAGUUAUAUUUUGAAUUUGACACUUCCCGUGGCGGAGAACAUGACACACGCUCGUCACCGGGAAAUUCGAAUGAACACGAUCAAGUCUCCGAACGCAUACUUAUUACCACCCCAUAGAUGCAGUCAUUUUAAUAAUAUUUGAUUUUGUUUUCACGUGAUCAUAACGAAAAAACGUCACCACGGUAUCCAUGUUUUGAUCACUCGAUCAUUAUCCCCUCUCUCUUGCGUUAUUUCAUUUAUUCAUUUUCGUUUUGUCACAACACAAAUCGCCAUUCUUAACGUGUAAAUUGUCGCCAACGUAUGGAGCUCCGCCGCUGCGAUUUAGACGAGAAAUGGACCACGUGUCAGCGCUACACCCAUCGGUAACUUUCUGUAUAAUAUAAAAUCACGUCAUGUAUUAGUUAUUUAUGUACCUUAAAUUAUAACUACUGUAUUGUUAACUCGUUUCGUAAUCGUAAUAGUUUACUAUAUAAUGUAUGUAGAACACCAAAAGUCGAAAAAUAUGUAUUACGCUCGUUGUACCUUA